AUGGGUUCAACUGGGGGGUUUCGGAGAUGUUUAGCAUAUUCAAUUAGUUUGAAGAAAUUGACAAGGAUUAAGGAUAUUCCUCAAGCUCAUUGUGAUUUCUCACCUGACCAAUCUUCCUGCACUGCACUCUUCGAUUUGCUUGUGGAUGUUGGGGCCUGCAAAGUAGCAAAAUCCUUGCUUGAUUGCUCAGGUUUUACUCCUGAGCCUGCCUCUUUGGAGUGUUACAUUUGGUGUCUCUGCAGUGAGGGAAUGGUUGAGGAUGCACUUGAUAUGUUUCUUAUAUUGAGAAAGGUUGGAUUUUCUCCAUCGGUGGCAACUUGGAAAGCAUCUUUGUUAGGUUGUUUGAAGGUUGGUAGGACUGAUCUGGUUUGGACAUUGUAUGAGCAAAUGAUGGAAAUAGGAAGAGAGGGCAUAGGGAGCAAUUCUUGUGACUACCACAAGUUGGAUAAAGAAGGUGUGUUGAAGAGGGAAAUCAAAGAUUUAAAAUUCUUCUUCAUGAUGGGUCACUCUCAAAAUGUAACUAUUGAAGACAUUGAUGCAAGUGAAAGUUUAGUAUGUGUAGAUGAUAUUGUUGAUUUGGAGAAAGACACAAAUGAAUUUAGGGAAGACGAUCUGAGUGAAAUCAUGGCAAUCAAAGAUGGUGAAUGUGAGGAAGAUGAUGCAUAUGAAAUUGUGGGACAUGUUGAUACUGAAUUAAUGAAGACCCCUAUUUUAACUAGAGUUUUUGAGACAUCAGAAGAAGCUUAUGCUUUUUAUAAUGCUUACGCAAAAGGUAAGGGGUUCAGAAUACGUAAGCAAUACCAUAACAAGAAUGCAAUUACAAAAGAAGUAUAUAGGUGGAAUUAUGUGUGCUCGAAGCAAGGUGUCAAGAGACUUGAUGAUAAAAGAGUUGAUGUUGACAAUGUCAAAAGGCGAAGGGAUUCAAGGACUAAUUGUUUGGCGAUGUUACAAGUAAAGUUGGUGGAUGGCCUAUGGAAAGUGGAGAAGUUCAAUGAUACACACAAUCAUCCAUUGAUUAACACUCCAACAAAGGUGAAGAAGUUUCUUUCUCAAAAUGAAUUUAGACGCUCAGACUUGACAAAAUCUGUUGUUUCUAAGCUUUAUCAAGAGGGUUUAACAUCUUCAAAAAUCUCAAAGGUUGUGAGUGCUAUGGACAAAGAGGUUAACCUUACUCCUGUUCAAAUAAACAAUAUUAUAUCUAGCCAACGAAGGAAUAAUGUGGGGCGAGAAUGCCAGGGCAUCAUCAAACACUUUAAGAGGAAGUCCAUGGUUGAUGGAGCUUUUUAUUUUGAUAUGCAUUUGGCAGAAGAUGGAACACUAAGAAGCAUAUUCUGGGCAGAUGGUAGGUCAAGAGCUGCAUAUGCUCAUUUUGGUGAAGUCCUUGUAUUUGAUGUGACUUACAAAACAAACAAGUUCAAGUUUCCUUUUGCCCCUUUUGUGGGGGUUAAUCACCAUGGGCAAACAACUUUAUUUGCUGCCGCUUUGUUAGAAGAUGAAACGGAGGCAACAUUUACAUGGUUGUUUGAACAAUUUCGAAUAUGUAUGUUUGACAAGUCUCCUGUUGCUAUUAUCACUGAUCAAGACAAAGCUAUGGGAAAAGCAAUUGCCAAGAUAUUUCCAGCAGCACGACAUCGUUUUUGCGCAUGGCAUAUAAAGAAACAUGUUAUGGAGCAUAGUCAAGCACUACGUGCACAAUUUAAAGAUAGUUUUCAUGUUGACUUUCGUGCGUGGUAUAAAAGUCGAAACAUUGAUGAGUUUGAGUGCAAAUGGGAAAUAUUGAGGAGUAAAUAUGUUACUAAAGAAAAUAGCUGGCUGGCUAACAUGUAUGCUUCACGUCAUCAUUGGGCAAAGGCAUACUUGAAAGAUACAUUUUUUGCCGGAAUGACCACAAGUGGCCGAAGUGAGAGCAUCAAUGCAUUUUUUGAUGGAUAUGUCAACUCUAACACAAUGUUAAAUGACUUUGUUAUCCAAUAUGACAAAGCAAUCAAAUCUAGGAGGGAUGCAGAGGAAGAUGAGGAUUUCAAAACUAGAAAUACAAAAGCAGUUUUGGAGACUAAUCAUCCUAUUGAAGCAAUAGCUGGAGAAUGGUACACAAGAAAAUUAUUUGAAAUCUUCAAAAAAGAGUGGAAGGAUGCCAUGCAUAAUUGUUUUCAUGAAAAGAUUGCAAUGAAGGAAAACCUCAUCACAUAUCGAGUGGGAUCUCCUGAAGUUGAAAAAGAAUGGUGGGCAAUUGUAGAGUAUCAUUUGACGGAAAGCUUCACAGCUCAUUGUUCGUGUGCAAAGUUUGAGACUAUGGGGAUUUUGUGCAAACAUAUUCUAUACAUCAUGAAGAAGAAACAAAUCAUGACCCUUCCUGAAAAAUAUAUCUUGUCUAGAUGGACCAUGAAUGCAAGCUAUAAGGCUGAAAAUCUUAUAUCUAUUCAUGAUGAAACAAAUACUAAUGAAAUUAGUGCAUUAUCUUUGUGGUCGAUUCAGUUGAAGUGCACUAUGGCUAUUUCUGAAGCAAGAGAUUCUACUUUUGAGAUUAGAAGGUUUGAUGCUAUGGUUGCUGAAUUUCUACAACAACAGUUGGAAAGAAAAAGAAAGAGAGGUGAAGAUGAACUAAAUGCCCAAAAGAUUCCACAAAUAUUACUCAUUGAUGAUGUGCGUGAUCCCACUCAACCUGUCAAAACUAAGGGUCGUCCAAGGAUUGCUUCACGAAUAAAAUCAAGCAUGGAGUUGUCAACAAAACAACAAAAAUCUUGUAGUUAUUGUCGAAUGAAGGGUCAUAAUAAAUCAGGUUGUCAGAUGCAAAAGAUGGAUGUUGCAAGAGAGAAGCAAAAAGAACAGUAG